AUGCAACUCACCAACCUCCUCCCUCUUAUCACCACUCUCGCAGCCAUGACCGUACACGCUCUCCCCAAACCCUCCACUAUCGCGGAGCGCCAGUCACCCGGAAUCGGCAUAAUCCGCUUCUACGCGGGUUCCGGAUGCGAAGAGCCAUGGCUAGAGGACACUGUCUUCUUUCAGGGCGACAAGUGUCGCAGUAACGAGUACACGGGACCAUAUGGUAGCUUUAGGGUACAACAGAACGGAUUCACCAGGACUGCGCGAUUCUUCGUCAACCCAGUGUGCAAUGGCUUUGGAUCCGGAAACUACAAUGAUGUUCUUCCUGGAGAGACUAAGUGCUUUGCUGGCAUGGUUACUUCAUACAGCUUCUUGUAG